AUGUCUCAAUUCUUUGCUUCAGCUGGGAUCGGGGUGGUCAACUUGUUCGAGAGGCAUAAAAAGCGGCGGUAUGGCGUUCACGCAACACCUAUCUAUGUCCUAGCAGACAGAGGGCUAGAAAACCUCAUCCGCACACGGAUAAAACAAGAGCCUGCUGCCCGCGCCCCUCGAGAAAGGUACGAGUAUCCAUUUUUCGCCGCAUUGGCCAACGGCCACAAAAGCGCGGUGGCUGCACUUUUGGGGUUAUCUUCAACCAUCUGCGAUGGCGUCGAUAUCACUGAAGCGGACACGAGGCUGUGGCGCGGCUUCUCAUCGACCGCGGGGCGGAUAUCAACGCUCAAAUCAAAGGUGGAUUAA